CUGCCCAAAUGUGUUCCCAAAGCCUCAAAGACCGAUUCAACCAAUCAGCAGUUACAAGAUACGCAUCCCUCAGGGAGUAUUUACUGGCAGGCUUGCAUCUUUAAAGUUGGAGAUGACGUACGACAGGAUAUUCUUGCUCUCCAAGUCAUCAAGAUAUUCCAGAAUGUCUUCAACCAAUACGGUCUUGAUUUAUUCCUCUAUCCAUAUCAUGUAAUCGCCACAGGCCCAGGGUCCGGUGUAAUUGAGUGUGUUCCGGAUAGUAAAUCACGUGAUCAAAUUGGUCGUCAAACGGAUAGUGGAAUGUACGAUUACUUUCAGAGUAUUUUUGGUGAUGAGACAACUCCUGCAUUUCAACGGGCUCGAAGGAACUUUGUGACUAGUAUGGCAGCCUACAGUGUGGUUUGCUAUCUACUUCAAAUCAAAGAUCGUCACAAUGGAAAUAUCAUGUUGGACAAACAUGGACAUAUUAUUCAUAUCGAUUUUGGCUUCAUGUUUGAAAGUAGUCCAGGCGGAAAUUUGGGUUGGGAGCCGGAUAUCAAGCUCACCAAGGAGAUGUUAAUGAUAAUGGGUGGCACAAUAGAUAGUUCAGCCUUCCAGUGGUUUGAACAGCUCUCCGUCCGCGCCUUCCUUGCUCUACGUCCCUAUCGUGAAGCUAUUGUGGCCCUCGUAUCAUCUAUGCUCGAUUCGGGUCUGCCUUGUUUCCGUGGACAGACGAUAAAACUCCUUCGUCAACGCUUUAUGCCCAAUCUCUCUGACCGCGACGCUGGCAAUUCCUACAUUCGACUUGUUCGAGCUUGUGUCGAUCAUUGGCGUGCCAGGUCUUACGAUAUGCUCCAGUUCUAUCAGAACCAGAUCCCCUGUUAG